AAAUAGAAGACCUUUGAAAACAAUUCGAAAUGUUGUGUAAUUAGUAACCUACGAAUAAUGUUAAUAUUUACGCAUUUUAUUUGAUGCAUUUCUAUAAUCUAGAGUCAUAAUGGAUCAAGAAUUGAUUGAAAAAUUUAUAGAAGUGACGGGGGAGAAUGAGGCAACAGCUCGCCAAUACUUGUCAUUAGCUGAUGGAAAUGUGCAAACUGCAAUAAGUUUAAUGUUUGAUGGUAGUCAAGCACCUGAACCAUUAUGUACGGCUGAUCCGGAACCAGAAGUGAGACCUCCUAUUUUACCUGUGCAAGAAGUAUUAGUGCCAUCUGGUCCAAUAUGUUCCCUUCCAAGAUUAUCGACUAAUGUAUUUGACAGAUUUAGGGAUUUUGCAGUAGAAACCCAACGACAAGAAGAAGAAAUGACUCGGAAAGUAGCUGGUGUUAAACAAAUAUCCUACUGCAAAUCAAAAAGAUUGGAAGAUUUAUUUCGUCCACCAUGUGGUAUUCUCUUCCUGGGUUCCUUUAUGGAAGCUCGUGAACACGCUAAAUCAUUAAACCGUUGGUUACUUGUAAAUGUUCAAAAUCCUCAAGAAUUUUCUUGCCAAAUCCUUAACAGAGAUGUAUGGUCUAAUCAACAGAUUCAAGGAAUUAUAAAGGAUCAUUUUGUUUUGUGGCAAGUUUUAUCAAAUACAAGUGAUGGAAGUCGUUAUGUGCAUCUUUAUGAUGUAUAUGAAUAUCCUUAUCUAGCAGUAAUAGAUCCUAGAACAGGAGAAUGUGUGAAAACUUACAAUCAUAUUACAGUAGAUACUUUAAUGUCUGCAUUAAAUGAUAUGUUGAGCUCUCACUCAUCACCAGAAUGUGUAUCAAGCAACUCAAUUCAUUCUAAAAAAUGGAAUAAUUGUACUGCCACAGCAACGGAAGGAAGUUCUACAUCUAAUUCAUCAGAUUGUAGUAGUAGUAGUACUACUGUUAAAGCGUUUAAGCACACUAUUGAUAAUUUAAAUGAUUCAGGUAAUAUAGAUAUUAAGAAUGAUAUGACAACUAUUCAAAGUUCAAGUACAAGUAUGUCAGCUGAUACAUUUGGAAACAUAACUAAAAAAAGAAGGAUGACUGAAUUGGACGAAUUAAACGAAAAGAAACAAGAAAUAGAAAAUUCAAAGGACGAACGAUCAUACGAACUGAAGUCCACUCUGAGCAAGAAAACUGAUAGUACAUCUGCUAUAAGACUUUGUCUAAGACUGCCAAAUGGUAAGAAAGAAACAAUAUCAAUGUCUGCUACAGAUACUAUAGAGGAUUUCAUAAAUACUAUGAAGAGUAUGGGUUACUCAUCAACCGAUCAUACUUAUUUAGUGCCGUUUCCAAAAACAAAUAUUGGAGCACUUUCUCCACAAAUAUAUUUAUCGGAUACGAUUUUAUUUCCAGCAAAUACAGUAUUUAUAACAAAGAUAUAGUAAUCUUUGGUUAGAUAAAAUAUAGACAAAGUAUUUCCUUUUAACUACUGCAUUAUGGAAUACACUAUAAGUUUGAUAAAAAUUGCGUAUCUUAAUAUAUAUAUUAAAGACACUGUCAUAUUCAAUUACCAUUUAUGUGUAAUUGUAAUAAUCCUAUUUGUCCUAAACAAUUAAGUGAAUGUCCUAAACAUUCACGACUAUCAUUAUAAUAGUCACAUUUCAGUUAAAUAUUUUCAAUUAAAUGUGCAAUAGAAUGAAUCAUGACAGUUUAACUGACUUUUAUACAAAUAGCAAUAAAGUUAUAACAUUCAUUUUUAAUGACAGGAAUUAGAAUGCAUCAAUAUAAAUUUUGAGAAACUUGUAUCCUUUUUUUUCUUCUUAUAUGAGACAAUUCAGUAUGCUUCCUAUACUAUUACGAUAUAUUCUUACAUAUACUCUUUUGUUCCCCAAGGUAGCCUCGAACAUUUUGUAUUAAAAAUUUUCUAAACUAUUCGUCAAAGUAUCUUCACAUAAAAGAUACAGAAAUUUUAAAAAACCGAACAAAAGUUUUAUUUAUAUUUUUAAAUAAAAAAAUUAUACAUUGAAUAGUACUUAUUUUAUCCUUAUUUUACAUAUGUUGUAAGAUUUAUAUAAAAUAGAAUUAUUUAAUUAUAUUACUCUAUAAAAAUUAUAUAUAUGUUUAAUACAAUGUAUGUCAGUUGUAUAUUGAAAUGAUUCACCAUAUCUUAAAUAAUUAUGAUAAUUUAUGAUCUACAUCUGUUCGUUGCAGAGAAGCGCUAUACUUAAAUACAAUUAUUACUUUAGAUAGAUACACACACACACACACAUAUAUAUAUAUAUAUAUUAUAUAUAUAUAUAAAUGAAUGUUAAAUUAGGUCUUAUUUAAGUAAAUUAAUAAUGUAGUUUUAUUUGCAAAUUUACGAAACAUUUUAAACAUGUAGUUCUUACCUAAUUGUCCAAAAGCAUUUUUUUUGUGACUUUAGGCAGCAUCCAAAUAUUAUUGACACAUAUUCACUGCCAAACGUUGUUAUAAUUUGUUGUAUGAAGCAGAUUACUAAUGAACCGAGUGAGUACACGUUGUUUGUGUACGUAAAGUUAUACCGGUCUCAUGUUC